UAAUUCGGACUCCUCCCCUCGUCCAUACGUUGUCAUGAUGGCGGACGAUUUGCCUUUCCAGGCGGAGUAUGCGAAAUCUAAUCGGGCUUCUUGCAAAGCGUGCAAGGAAAAAAUUGACAAGGAUUCGUUGCGGAUUGCCAGAAUGGUUCAGUCUUCGCACUUUGAUGGCAAGAUCCCAAAUUGGUUUCAUUACGGCUGCUUUUUUAAGAAAAAGUUUGGUCUUUCCAAUGUCUCUGAAGUGAAUGGUUUUGACUCUCUCAGAUGGGACGACCAGGAAAAGAUUAGGGGCAAAUUAUCAGGAGGGGGCUCACAGGCAGGUGGAACAAGUAUGGUUGAUGGCCCAGCACCGGAUGACUCAUUGGCGGUUGAGUAUGCAAAAUCCAGCAGAAGCUCUUGUAAAUCUUGUGAAGAUAAGUUUGACAAGGGUGAUCUCCGUGUUGGGAAAAACAUGGAACCAAGCCCAGACUCAACUGCUUUUGGGAGAGUGUCUAUGAUGAUGCAUUGGUUUCAUGUUGACUGUUUUGUGAAAAAGAGGUUAGAUUUGGAGGUUGAAUACGAUGUUACGGCGGAGAUGUUUCCCGGGUUCUCGACAUUGACGAAAGAAGAUCAAGCGUUGCUACAGGAGAAGCUGGGAACGUCCGGGACAAAAGGAAAAAAAGGCGGGAAAAAACGGAAAGGAAGUGCAACGGUGGAAGCGAAAGUAAAACAGAACAAAAAAAUGAAAGAAGAAGUAAAAGAGAAGACGGAAAAUGAAAAAGAAGAGGAGGAAGCUUUGAAGGCGCAAAAUAAGAGAAUCUGGGAGAUACGAGAUGCUCUGAAGAAUGAAUGUACGUUGAAUGAUUUAAGAGACAUGCUGGCCGAGAAUGAUCAGUCUGAUUUUGGCGGCGAGAGCGUGCUCUUAGAUAGAUGUGCUGAUGGAAUGGCGUUUGGGGCAUUGAAACGCUGCAGUGAAUGCAAACGUGGACAUUUUAAUUACAAGAACGAUGGUUACUACUGCAGUGGAAAUAUAACAGAGUGGACAAAAUGUACACAUGUAACCAAAGAUCCUGAAAGGACCGCCUGGAAAAUAUCAAAAGACUUGAAAGAAGAAAGUAAUUUUCUGAAGAAGUUCAAACUAAAGAAAGGCAAGAGGAUUUUCCCAGCAGUGAAAGAAGCUCCAUCAACGUCCACAAUCUCGCAGGGAAAAGAUGAAACAGAUACAAAGCCUGUGGUUGUUCCUGGAAAGCCUCUCUCCGGCUUGACCUUGGGCAUUAUUGGAAAACUCAAAACGACUAAAGCAGUGACGAAGAGCAGAAUUGAGGAGCUUGGAGGAACUCUGAAGGACAAAAUCUCUUCGGAAAUAACUUGUUGCAUUAGCACUCCAGGCGAAGUAGCGAAGAACAGCAAGAAAAUGCAGAGUGCGAAGGAAGACGAUAUUCCUGUUGUGUCUGAAGAUUAUUUAAAAGCCGUCGAGAAGGAAGGAGCGCUUGCUGCCAUCGUUAACCACAACCUGGUAUCCUGGGGAAAGAAAAGAAACGGGACAAAUAGCAAGCGGACUGCAGCAAUUGACGUCGCUGAUGGACCUCCGAGCAAGAAAAAAGCUGGGAAAACCACAGGUUCCGGCAAGGUCGUUGAAAAGAAGGUGAAAAUGUCGGUGAAAGGUGGAGCUGUCGUGGAUCCGGAUUCUGGUUUAGAAGACGUUGCGCAUGUUCUUGACGUGAAAGGCGAGGUGUACAACGCUGUUCUUGGUAUGGUUGAUAUCACUCGUGGAACUAACUCCUACUACAAACUACAAGUUUUGAAGAAGGACAAGAGCGAGCGGUACUAUCUCUUCCGUUCAUGGGGAAGGGUUGGAACAACGAUUGGUGGCAAUAAACUUGAGGAUUGUGGUUCCUGCUCGGACUCUGCCAUCUGCCGAUUUACAGAUAUGUAUUACGAAAAAACCGGAAACCAUUGGUUGAACCGUAAGAAUUUUGUCAAGCAAGCCAGCAGAUUUUAUCCAUUAGACAUAGAUUAUGGUCAGGAUGAUGAUAACCUUCAAGCUCAGACCACUAUCGCCGCGGGAAGCAAAUCAACACUGCCUCUUGCUGUGCAGAAGUUGGUCAGAAUGAUUUUUGACAUCGAGUCGAUGAAGAAUGCUUUGUUGGAAUUCGAGAUCGACUUAAAGAAAAUGCCUCUGGGAAAACUUUCUCGAAAGCAGAUCGAGAGCGCGUAUUCAAUUCUCACUGAAGCUCAAAAGCUUAUUGAAGACAGUGGUAGCAAAGGUUCAAUACUUGAUGCUUCAAACAGAUUUUACACUUUAAUUCCACACGAUUUUGGAUUGAAAAAACCGCCGUUAUUGGAUAACUUAGAAUUAAUCAAGAGUAAAGUGGAAAUGUUGGAUAAUUUACUGGAUAUCGAAGUGGCUUAUAGUUUGAUUAAGGAGACAUCGGAUAGCGAAGAUCCACUCGAUAGUUACUACAAGAAAUUAAAAACUCACAUUAAGCCAAUCGCUAAGGAGGAGGAAGAGUUUGUCAUGAUUGAGAAAUAUGUCAAAAAUACGCAUGCGUCAACUCACAGGCAUUACGACUUGGAGGUUGAAGAGAUCUUCAGGAUCGAGCGUGAUGGGGAGAAGAAACGAUACAAACCAUUCAAAAAGCUUCCAAAUCGCAAACUUCUCUGGCAUGGUUCCCGUGCAACUAAUUUUGCUGGAAUAUUGUCGCAAGGUUUAAGAAUUGCUCCUCCCGAAGCACCAGUCACGGGGUAUAUGUUCGGAAAGGGAAUAUAUUUUGCAGACAUGGUUUCAAAAUCUGCAAACUACUGUAACACGUCAUACAGUAAUCCAACUGGUCUGAUGCUUCUCUGUGAGGUUGCUCUUGGAAAUAUGCACGAGUUGACAGCGGCGAAUUACAUCAAAAAACUUCCAGCGGGUAAACACAGCGUCAAAGGAUGUGGUAGAACAGCACCUGACCCAAGCGAUGAUCACACGAUGGAUGACGGCACCAUUGUUCCCUAUGGAAAUGGCAUUGAUACAAACGUCGUUAAGUCAAGCCUUUUGUACAACGAAUAUAUAGUGUAUGACGUCGCUCAAGUGAACAUGAAAUAUCUUCUCAGACUGAAGUUCAAUUACGUCUAAAGACUAUGCCAACUAUGGCCUAAAGAAACUCAUUAUACUUCUUCAUAUUUGUUCGGAAAGUUUUUUAAUUUAUGAACCUUCUUAAACGCUGCCUGUGAAUAUUCAAAGAGUUGUAAAAUGGUCUAAUCUCGCGAGCAUAAAACGUGAAUGUAUGAGGCAAAAGAAGUUAAUAAUGUAGACUUAUUUGUUCGGUUUUCAGUGGGAGGUUUGUGGUGUAGUGUGGUGACUGGUGAGUGACAAGAGCUCGCAUCAGUCAGUCUGUCAGUCAGUCGAAAUAUAAACUUUGCACGAAUUAAAUUAUGCGUGUUAAAAAACCAUAUUGUUGACUACUUCAGUAUUGAAUAGAAGCCCCCUGCAUGGAAACGCCGAGAAACGUUUUUUGUCUAUUUUAGGCAGCUGUUAUGCCGCAAUUCAUGCACACUUAACUAAUGGUCUUUCGAAUUUGGAAAUUGAUACUACAGAAUCUGAUGUUUUUUAGCCAAUCAAAAGUCGUUAAUUGGCGUCGGCAUGAAAGGUCAAACCCACGAGCGCAUGCGCAAUACGAACACAUGCAUUCGGGUUCCAAAAUAAAGAUGGCCGAUGGAACUUAUUACCGAGGCGAGCCAGCAGCCGAUUACAGCCAAGCAACGAACAAUCUAGGCAACGAGACGCACAAGAGAGCUUUGGA